ACUCCGUAAUUUUUUAUUUCUUUCCCUUUGACUCCGUCGACUCUGCCGCAGCUCCAUCGCCCUCCGAUUGUCGAUUCUUCGUUCACUGCUCCACCGUCGUCCACUCGUCCGGCAACACUUGCAGCUGCUCAGCUAUUGAAUUUGAUACUGAAGAGAAUUGCUGGUUGAACAAAGGACAUUACCUUGCAUAGAAAUGAGUAACUCAGCUGCGGGGCAAUCGUCAAAAGCAAAAGUUGGAGCAUCCCAGCCAUCAGAAGGUUCAUUUAAACGUAAACGUGGAAUGUUUCAGAAGGAUUUGCAGCAUAUGAUGUAUGGAUUUGGAGAUGAUCACAAUCCACUUCCAGAGACUGUGGCACUUGUGGAGGACAUUGUUGUGGAAUAUGUCACAGAUAUGGUGCACAAAGCUCAAGAUUUUGCAACGAAAAGAGGGAGGCGCAUGACAGAGGAUUUUCUGUUUUUGAUUCGGAAGGACUUUCCGAAACUUAACCGGUGCACAGAGUUGUUGUCCAUGAAUGAGGAACUGAAACAAGCCAGGAAGGCCUUCGAGGUUGAUGAAGAGAAGCUGGCAACACUUGAAUAGUCUAUGAAGCUCUGUUCAUUUUGCUUUCUGGCUCUAAAGCAGGAUGUAACUAAUGUUUGUACUAAUGGUAGCUAUCGUUCUCAAUCCAGUUUGAAUUGUAUGAGUUCCCUUAUUUGUCACAUGAGAAUUGAGACAUGCUACUGCUGAAUAUAUACUGUUGUGCCAAUAUUUAUUGCCCCAA